AUGGGUCUGGAUGCCGAGAACGAGCAGGAAGACGGGGCCCGGGUGGCCCCUCGUACUACGGGGGACAAGAUCAGGCCAAGAUCCUAUCACUUUAGAUCGGCUACAAAAGCGGGGCACAAGAUGGCGGCUUCCGUGACUACGAAGGCACCUCGACAAGACGCUACGGGCAUUCCACGACGCGAAGCAGCUCGAUCUAUUAUAGGACAACAGGCUAUCAAGAAAGCUGGAGGCCGUAGCGGGGCAGCCUCUGUCUCGAACCCCUUUGCCAAAUUUCUGGUACAUGCUACGCCGGACCGAGAAGCGGCGCAGGGUGCCGAGGCAACAGCUAUUCGACCGACAGGCUCGUCGGCAUCCGAGCCAUCGCACGAGGUGGCCUCCCAGCAUGUACAAACUCUCCGAUCUGAACCCCUCGGCUCCCCAAGAGACAAAUCGCUGAGCGCAGCCACCAGCUUUGGUCGCGAAGCUGCCCGUUCUGUUUUCGUGGUGAAACCACCCAUUGUCAAACCACCCAUUGUCAAACCACCCAUGCCGGAUACAGCCCACUACGACGACACCAGAUCGAGAAUCCAGCCGCGCCACUAA